AUGGCCCUCUCCUCUGAGAAGAAAUACCUAACCCUCAUCCUCCCCACAGCCCUCUACCCAACCUCCAACACCCCUGUUCUAGACCAUCUCCGGCCCUCCCACAGCCCCAACAGGCCCAACACCACGACCAUAACCAUACGUAUCCCCGCAGCCCCAGAACAAACCACCAACCCCAAGAUCCACGACCCAAGAUCAUACCCAGGCUAUAACGAUUGGGCGGCCCAGGAAUCCAUCCUAGCAGCAUGCAUCGACGAGAUCCGACGGUUGAACCCGCGCCCGCGGGAUGAGGAACCGCCGCAGCAACAACAACAGCAGCAGCAGGCAAUCCACGCGGUGUUGAUCUGCGGCGAGUGGAUGCAGCUGUACCGCGAGGUGCGGCCGUCGGAGACUGCCCUGAACGGUAGCGGGCUGUGGCGGUUCGAGUUCCCGGGGGGCAAGGUGCGGUUGCAUGUGGAGCGCGAGGCGGGCGUGCUGGCGGCUUGGGCGGAGGGGAUUGUGGAUUGUUUGCCGAUCGGGGCGAGAUUGGGGGCUUAUGGGGAGUUUUUGCGGUUGAAUUGA